AUGCUUUCCAGAACAGUUCGUGCACAAGGUUUCUUCUUAAGAAGUUCGCAACUAACCGUUAAAAGGUCAUUUUCGGUUACAUUCAACAUGAAGAAUGCUCAAAACAGAUCACCCACAGGGAUUGUUUUGAUGAACAUGGGUGGCCCCUCUAAAGUUGAAGAAACGUAUGAUUUUUUGUAUCAAUUAUUUGCUGAUAACGACUUAAUUCCUAUUAGUGCUAAGUAUCAAAAGACAAUUGCCAAAUAUAUUGCAAAGUUUCGUACCCCUAAGAUAGAGAAGCAGUACAAGGAAAUUGGCGGAGGCUCCCCAAUCCGGAAAUGGUCCGAGUAUCAGGCUACUGAAGUUUGCAAAAUCUUGGAUAAAACCUGCCCAGAAACAGCACCUCAUAAACCUUACGUGGCGUUCCGUUAUGCGAAGCCGCUAACCGCAGAAACUUAUAAGCAAAUGCUAAAAGAUGGUGUGAAGAAGGCAGUGGCCUUUUCUCAAUAUCCUCAUUUCUCGUAUUCUACUACCGGGUCAUCCAUUAACGAAUUGUGGAGACAGAUCAAGGCAUUGGACUCCGAGAGAUCUAUAUCUUGGUCGGUUAUUGAUCGUUGGCCUACGAAUGAAGGUCUGAUUAAGGCUUUCUCCGAGAAUAUCGCCAAAAAACUGCAAGAAUUUCCACAACCUGUCAGAGACAAGGUUGUUUUAUUGUUUUCUGCGCAUUCUCUACCCAUGGAUGUUGUUAACACUGGUGAUGCCUACCCAGCUGAGGUGGCUGCCACUGUUUAUAGUAUCAUGCAAACACUGAAGUUUAAAAACCCUUAUAGGUUAGUUUGGCAAUCCCAAGUCGGACCCAAACCAUGGUUGGGAGCGCAAACAGCAGACAUCGCUGAAUUUUUAGGUCCGAAAGUUGACGGCCUGAUGUUCAUUCCGAUCGCCUUCACCUCUGACCAUAUUGAAACUUUGCAUGAAAUAGACUUGGGCGUUAUCGGGGAAUCGGAAUAUAAGGAUAAAUUUAAGAGAUGCGAAUCUUUAAAUGGUAAUCAGACUUUCAUUGAAGGCAUGGCGGAUCUUGUCAAAAGCCAUUUGCAGAGUCAUCAACUGUAUUCCAAUCAACUACCUCUCGACUUUGCACUUGGUAAGUCCAACGAUCCUGUAAAGGACCUUUCAUUGGUAUUUGGCAACCAUAGAAGUACUUGA